GUGCCCUGGUCGGCAGCGCCCGUCUCCUCGGACAUGACGCUCCUGCCAACCUUGCUCCUGGCCUUGGGCCUGUCCCAGGCGCAGACCAACAACACCAGGAUUGAAAAGCAGGAAAACAGGUUGAGUUGUCACCGUUGUGAGUUGGAGAACGAUUUCGAUUGUGAGAACGCUGUGAACUGUGACGAGGACGAUCGCUACUGCGUUAUUGCUGCCAUCAAAAUAUUGCCACGUUUCUUCUACGUGUCCAAGCAGUGCACCAGGUUCUGCCCGAUGGUUGAAAUACCAGGCCAGCCAGAGGUCAAACAGUUUAUCUUGCUAGAACCUACGCCCUUCGUGUUCGUAAAAUGCUGUGACGAGAGUUUAUGCAAUGACGAGGUGCCUGAUGUCGACGAGACAUGGUUCCGAGAGUUCACCACAGGCGCCUAUGAGCAGAGCCACCAGGAGAGUGGGCAACCCAGUCGGUCUGUGCUGUUGCCUGGACACAAACCCAAGAUGACUGCCAGCGGUCACCUGCACGUGAGGCCCCAGGCCUUCAGCAAGCUCGGGAGCUGA